GAAACGGAAAUUACGGCAGCUCCUUUUCCUGACCGAACUAGAUAAACAAACAAAAGCAAGACAUUAUAUUGCAUAUAUUUGGGAACCAGAGAUAGUGUUUAUGCAUUUUUAUUUAUAAAUAUGUCUGCCAGGAAUAAUCCAUCCCCCUGAAUCCCCAAUAACGGAGGCUUAGAAGAGCUAGCAUCCUACUGGCCAAGUUCGCUGGCAGGCUACGUCGCUAGCUAAGUGUUUAGCUCGACAUGUUUAUUUUAGUGCUGAGACGAAGGAGCGCGACAUGAUGGCACGAAACUGUCGCAGUGUCAGCAAGUAGCUACACGCAUCUCACUUGAAGAUCGGAAGGCUGUGGGACGCAGGUAUAAAAACCUGGCUUAAGUUUUAACCAGAACUGCACUCCGUAAGAACUCCACAUCGCCACCACCAUGGCGUGGGCUCUGAAGUUACCUCUCACGGAUGAAGUGAUCGAGUCCGGACUGGUCCAGGACUUUGAUGCCAGUCUCUCGGGCAUUGGCCAGGAGCUUGGUGCUGGGGCAUACAGCAUGAGCGAUGUACUUGCCCUCCCCAUCUUCAAGCAAGAGGAGUCCAACCUGCCUCCAGACUCUGAAAACAAGAUCCUUCCCUUCCAGUAUGUUCUGUGUGCAGCUACCUCGCCAGCCGUUAAACUGCACGAUGAAACACUCACCUACCUCAACCAAGGGCAGUCCUAUGAAAUUAGAAUGCUUGACAAUCGGAAAAUUGGGGAACUUCCGGAAAUCACUGGUAAAAUGGUGAAGAGCAUUAUUCGAGUGGUGUUUCAUGACCGACGACUUCAGUACACAGAGCACCAGCAGCUGGAAGGCUGGCGCUGGAACAGGCCCGGGGAUCGCAUCCUCGACCUCGAUAUCCCCAUGUCAGUCGGCAUAAUCGACCCCAGGGCUAACCCUACUCAGCUAAACACUGUGGAGUUCCUUUGGGACCCAUCAAAAAGAACCUCAGUUUUUAUCCAGGUUCACUGCAUCAGCACAGAAUUCACCAUGCGUAAACACGGAGGAGAGAAGGGCGUGCCUUUCCGUAUCCAGAUCGACACGUUUAAAGAGAAUGAGAGUGGAGAGUACACAGAACACCUCCACUCUGCCUCCUGCCAGGUCAAAGUCUUCAAGCCCAAAGGUGCAGACAGAAAGCAGAAGACGGACAGGGAGAAGAUGGAGAAGAGGGCACCACAGGAAAAGGAAAAGUACCAGCCAUCCUAUGAAACUACAAUCCUAACAGAGUGUUCUCCGUGGCCUGAGGCUACAUACGUCAACAACUCUCCAUCUCCUGGCUUUAACAGCACACACAAUAGCUUCCCAGUUGCAGAGGGAAAUGGAUCACCAAACCACCAGCCGGAGCCUGUCGUUCAGGUAGUAGAUGAAAUGAUUCAAUGCUUCUAUGAAAAACCUGAUAAUUUGUUACCCACAGCAACACCACAGGAUGCACAACAGUGGCUUCAUAGAAACCGCUUCUCACCCUUCUGUCGGCUCUUCACUAACUUCUCAGGGGCAGACCUGUUGAAGCUGACCAGGGAGGAUGUCAUUCAGAUCUGUGGGCCAGCAGAUGGUAUAAGACUCUUCAAUGCACUAAAGGGACGUGUGGUACGUCCAAGGCUGACCAUCUACGUUUGCCAGGAGUCUCAGCAGGCACGGGAACAGCAACCGAAACAUGAAAACGGAGAUGCUGCCGCCAACACUUUCUUUGUAUAUCACGCCAUCUACCUAGAGGAGCUCACAGCUGCUGAGCUCACAGAGAAGAUCGCUCAGCUCUUCAACAUCUCACCCAGACAGAUAAACCAGAUCUUUAAACAGGGUCCCACUGGCAUUCAUGUGCUUGUCAGUGAUGAGAUGAUUCAGAACUUCCAGGAUGAAGUAUGUUUUGUUUUGGACACAAUGAAAGAUGACACGAAUGAUGGCUACCACAUCAUCUUGAAGUGAAUACUGGGCAGGAGAAUAGUGUAGCCCUUCUUUAGACCCGAUCCAGUCAGCCCCUCUAAAGUUUCACGCUCCUUGACGUUCUUGGAAUAUGUGGCGAUGCCCCAAAGCACCUUGAGGCUGCAAGGAGGAACAUGCGACUGAAGCACCUGGCCCUCUCCUCACUAUACCUUAUUGUCUUACUUUUGAGGGAGUGACUCUGUUACCACAGUGAAGUAACAUUCUCCUUCUCGCCCUGCCGUUGCCUCCCUUAAAUGGUUGCAUUUUCCUCUGUCGCUUGUGUCUCAUGAAAGGGGUUAGUGGCACUACAGCUGCUAUCACUGUUUAUUUGUUUGCUGAACAUCUGGUGUGCCAAAGCCCUGUGCUUCAGAAUCAACAGUUUGUUGUCUCUUUAAAAAAAAAAAACCCAAAAAAACAAAAAUAGAAAAAAAAAAGUUACCAUAAAGAGAGACAGUUAUAUUGACAGUACUUGACUUUCAGACUGCAAUGCAGCAUGAUUCCUCAUAUUCAUGCUAGUUUGCCUCACAGGAUCCACUUUAUGCCAGUCUGCAGGAAACAUGGUAUAGCUAACACAAUUGCACAGUCACAUGAAAUAACCACAGGAGACAUCGAAAUCAGCAAUCAGGACAUGAAGGGAAAAUGUUGGAGUCCAGCUGUGCUUCUGUAAUUCCUUUGAAAGCUAAGAAUCUCAGUCUUUCACUGGUUUGUAAUGUUACGUUUGAGAGAGAAAAAAAAAGUUUUUCCAGGCUCCCAAACACUGUUAGGUCCUCGUAGUUAGUGUAGAGAGCAUACUGACACUCGUGGUUGGUACUUAUGAAUCUUGAAAGAUGAUGAAACACUGUCUUUAUUAGUGAUCACACCAGCAAACUGUCUCUGGUCCAUGUGCUUCCUAUCCCUAUCAGCUUGUUUAGCAACAUAUCUGUGGCCAUUUCCCAAUGUUAUUUUUUUAAGUAGAUUAUUCUUUUAAGAUGCUUUCAUGAAGAAUCAUGCUUUAUGUUGGAAGUUUUUUUAAAUACUUUGUUUUUUCUUUUUUUAAACUUGCAUCUCUUCAUCAUUGUUUUUUGAAUGUUACCACCUCCAAAUACUAAUACAUGUAAUGGGUUGUUGGACACACCAGAGCUGCAUGUGAAAAGAUAUGGUUAGUUUAUGUUCAGUCCAUUGUACUGCUUACAUGAAAUUGAUAGCUUGUCAUUUUAGAUAUCCAUCUUUGCCCGCAUCUCAUCAGCAUUAUUAAAGUACUUACCCAUGUACCGGUCGCCAUCUGUUCUCAUAAUUUUUGUAAAAAUAAAAAUGUGUUUUUUGGG